AUAUUCAUAUUAUUUUUUCAAUGUCCGAUUCGACUCUUUUUCCCGCCUUUUUAUGAUGAAAAGAUAUAUCUUCAAGCAUGGCUGUACGAUUGCACGUUAACGAUGAUUUACACGAAGAAAAGGAAUCUGUUAUACAUUUAAUGCCUUGUAAAAUACAUGGCGAUGGACCAGCUAAUGUUUCAUCCUUUUUUCAACCAUACAUACGCAAAAUAGAUAAUGAAAAUUACAAUAUUUCAUUCCGUGGAUAUCCACUUCAAGGAAAAAAAAUCAAGAUUCCUAGUGAUUAUAAAGGUAUAAUCUUUUUUGAACAUAAGAAACCGGAUGCUGAAAAUAUGCAACGUAACUUGUAUUCGAACGGGAGCUUCUCAGAAUUUACAUAUUGGAAUUAUGACAAAAUACCAUCUAAAAAUGAUGCCUUAGCAGCAGCAUUAGAUUGGAUCGACAUAGCAGAGGCAAUACUGCAUAAUAGUAAUAUAAAAGCAAAACAAGGAUAACAAAAGCUGGUAUUCCAAAACCAGCAGUUCCUAAGAAAAAAAGUAUAGAUUGCAGCCAAUAAGGAAAUUGUGAAAAAGUAAAAAUUAACAAUGUCCAAACAGAUUCUAAGCCUCUGAAUGGCCCACAAGACUUUGAAGGCAUAAUUUCAGCUAUGGAAUAUCCAACUGGAAUUACAGCUAAAAUAAAAGAUAUUAAUAAAAUAAACAUAAAAAAUGAAUUGGAUUGACUUGCUCUGUAUACUUUACUUGAUGGUGUACAAUUCACUAAGCAAGCAAACUUUUUUAUAUAGAAUAAUAAAAAGGUACCGAUUACAGCUACCAUUGGCAAUAAAGGUGCAAAAAAACAACCAAGCCAACAAAUUGCUUGCGAAUAUACAAUGUCCAAUACAUGUUUGCUUAAGUCAAAUUCUUGCUCACCUACAAAUCGUAGUAUUUUAUUUUCUGUAUGACGUGCUAAAAGAGACCUAGGGAAAUUAAUGAAAAAUGUCAUAAAGAAUUGUACAAAGAAAUCUGUGGUGUACAAUUUAAAGAAUUGUUGACCAACAAAUGUCUCCCAGCAAAGUAGUUCUCUGAUUUCAUUAUUUGUACAUUCUGUAUCAGACACUCUAAGUGAUACGAUUUUGUAAAAAGAUGUUAACAAUACGAUCAAAGAAGAAAGCCUUAAAAAAAUAGUACGAAAUAAUGUUAUACGUAUAACAAGCAAUGGACUAUAAUUUUCCAAGGCUAUUAAAUAUCGAAAUAAAAAUGGAACUGCAAUAUUGAGAGCAACAAUGCAAAUAUAUGGAAGAAAUUCAAAAAAUAAAUGCACAAUCUCAUGAAGAGGAGUGUAUCUAAUAUCGUUAUGUUGUCCUUCUUCCGAAUACAACGUAACUUGAUCGAAAGAAAAUUCUAUUAUGUAAUAAAUAAAUGUACCACAGCCACUUAAUAUUAAUAAAACUAAUAUAUUAACUACAAAACGUAAGGCAA